GUACCGCUCGUCGCCAUUUUUUAAAACGACUGCUUGUACACACUGGAAUUGUUCACCAAAGAAGUUUAAAUAAAGCGCUGGGACUUUGAAUAAAAGUCAUCAGUUGAACUUGAUAUCUGUCAUCACGAUGAUGGAGCUCCCUAACUUCAGCAGACAGCUAAUGCAGCAGCUGUGGUCCCUGAGGAAGGAGGGUCUGUUCUGUGACUGCACUAUCCUGGUGGGAGACAGUCCUCACCAUGCUCAUAAAGUUGUUUUGGCUGCCUCCAGCAUGCUCUUCAGGUCCCUUUUAGAUGGCUCUGACACUAUCUCCAUUGACACAACCGUUGCGUCCUCCCAGGAGUUUGGCUCGCUCUUGGAAAUGCUCUACACUGGCAGGUUGCCUUUGGGGAAACACAACGCGAGCCGGAUUGUUGCCGCCGCAGACAGCCUGCAAAUGUUCGAUGUAGCUGUAGGCUUUAAAAAAGUUCUCAACUCUCUGGUGAGUCAGAAUGCCCCACUUCUGGACAAUUCUAGGAAGACAACCAGCCAAGUUGAGACCUGCAAAACCAGGAGUGAGAACCCAGAAGUGUCAUCCUCAUCAAAUAAGGAUAACUCAGCUUCAGAGAAGAUGGAGACAACAGCUGAUCCGGAAAACAAAUGUUGCCAUGACAAGAAACAGGAUCCAGAAGAACCAGUUUGUAAAAGAUCCCGUGAGGAGCUCUCUGACACCUUAGGACCCGUAAAGGCCAAAACAUCUGGGAGUGCAGCAGAAGAAAACAGAACAUCAAGAGCAGAAGGGUCAAGGGGACCAGCUGCUCAGCUGCUGCAGCAUUCCUCUCAGAUGGUGGAGCUCCUAAGCAACAUGCCUUCUUUCCUUGAGCUGCUGAGCCAGGCAGCGCAUACCAGUCUCAAUGAACAGGACAGACAGGUUGUCACUCAGUGCUAUGAGGACACAGACCCUUUCUCAGUGUUGGAAAAGCUGAUAGGCAGAUUGAGGAAUGGAAGAAUCAGUGAGGGGUCGUUCCUUCAUCUGCUCUGGAAGAUUCAGAAGAAAGCUCUGCUGAGUUUCCCUGCUCCACUGCUCUCUCUGCUGGAGGAUCUGGACAGAAAUACACUCCAAAGUGAAGUUCGUGUAGAACAGCCACAUGACUCCACUAAGGAAAUAAAGUUAGAGAAAAAGGCAGACAUUGAUACCAAUGAGGGACAGAGCAACAAGGAUGAGACACAUGCAAAUGCUGGAGCAGAAUCUUCAUCCUCUGCCUCCUCCAUCUCCAAGCGCUACCCUUGCCAAUGGUGCAAGAAGACUUUUAACUUUAAGUGCCGCAUGCUAGCACAUGUGAAGCGUUGUUCCAUGUCACAGGAGUGUGAGGUUCAGUGCCCACAGUGCCCCAACAAACUGCCAAGUCAGCGAGCUCUGCAGCGCCACCGGGGUGAGGUUCACCGUAACACAGCACGGGUGAAGAAAAGGGUGGCAUGUGACAUCUGUGGCCGCAAUUUCGCCCACCCAUCAGGUUUGGUUUACCACAAGCAAGCAGAGCACUUUGAAGUGAAGCCAUUUGCCUGCGAGGAAUGUGGUGCAAUGUUUGGAGCCAACUCUUCUCUGAAGAAUCACAUGAGACUCCAUACAGGAGAGAAACCCUACCACUGCCAACACUGUGACAUGAGCUUCACUGUAGCAGCUGCACUUGCUUACCACACCAAGAAGAAACACUCUGAGGGAAAAAUGUAUGUGUGUCAGUAUUGUAAGGCUGUCUUCGCCCAAUCCAUUGAGCUCACACGUCAUGUACGGACACACACUGGUGACCGGCCUUAUGUGUGUCGAGAAUGUGGGAAGGGCUACAGCCAGGCCAGCGGACUUACUGUGCACCUGCAAACCUUUCAUAACCUGUCAGAACCUCAUGACUGUAAGAAGUGUUGCCUCAGCUUCUCUACCCUGGAGCAGCAUCAGAAACACAUUCAGGAGUUCCACCCAAAGGAGUUCCAUAAGUGCAGCACAUGCAGCAAGGUGUUCCAGAGCGUUGCCCUGCUUGACAAACAUAAAGCAACUCACUCUGGAAGCAAGCCAUUCAGCUGUCAGCUCUGCAACAAAUCAUACCAGCAACUGUCAGGGCUGUGGUACCACAACAGAACCAAUCAUCCUGAUGUUUUUGCCAGCCACACCGGGAAGCUCAAGACUUUGGUUCAGUGUGAGCUCUGCUUCAAGUUCUUUCCUGAUGCUGCCAGUUUGUCCACACAUCAGACCACCGCACACCAAGCCUCAGAGUCGGCGACUGUGUGCUGUUUCUACUGUAAGGCCGAGCUGGGCAGUGGAGAUAAAUCACAGGAGCACAUCUGUAGUCGGCCCAUCGGACAGGGUACAGAUGGGUUCUGCUGCCCCCUGUGCUCUCUGAUCUGCGUCUCCCAGCUGGAGCUUCAGGAGCACCUGCUGUCCUGUCACAUGGAGCUGGAGCCAGAGAGCACUACGGCAGGAGCCGAGGCAAACACCUCCACCACUUACACGGUGAUUUCAGCUGAAGACAAAGAGGACGGGACAGACAUGCUGUCUGAGGAGCAAAGCCACAUUGGAGCUGACCAGCAUGUGCCUGUAGCUCUCAGCAGGGGAGGUGGGAGCAGAUCAUCAGGUGAGGUGGUGAAGGUUAACAUCAACGAGCUGCUGAGCAGCAACGUCGCCUUCAUAUGCGAGGACAAAAAGUCUACUCCGAACACCUAAGAAAAGAUCCUUGGGGACUCUGUUGUAGCUGUCAGCAGAUGUGUUUUUAGGAGGAACUUUGUGUUGGAGGUCCAGCUAUAGAUCUGUUUGCAUGGAGCUGCUUUUGAUGUUUAAAUUCAUUUAGUUUCUGAUUACUGCGAAAUUCUGGGGCCAGUUCAGUACUAAGGAUCAGAUAAACUCUAUACUAAAUUGCACCUUUGUAUUACCCUUCUGAUCACCUCCCAAACCAGAACAUUUUUUUACUCUACAGAGGACUGACACAUUUUGAUAACUGCAGUUAGGCUUAAGGAUAUGUGCUACACUGAGCGUGUAUACAUUGUAAAACAUGCUCAAAUAAAAUUUACCCCCAUAAAGUUAAUUAUUAAUAUUAAUUUGGAAUUUUAGUUUACGACAAAGAGGUCAUAAGGAGCAAUAAGUGAAAUUUCAAUAUUUUAGAAAGAACUAAAAGUAUCUUUUUAGAUGGACUAUCAUAUAAUGUCACACACCAUCUCUCUGUGUUGUUCUCCAGUCUCUUGUUUACAUAGCCAGGCCAGCCACACGUACACGUAUGUGCAUAUGAACACCUGCCACUCAGCUGCCCCACCUAGUGUGAAAAAUCGCUUAUUGCUCCUUUAAUGAAAGUACCAUGCAAAGUCAUGGGGUAGGGACUAGAAUUACUCAGAUUAUCUUCGGGGAGGUGGGACCACAGUCACCAUGACAACCAUUAGUAACCCACAUCACUGCAAUGGACAGAGAUCCUGCAGUGCCCACAAGGCACCCCUGCUCAAGAAAUGUCUGAUGUCAGAGCUAACAAGCACUAUGUUGUUGUUUUUUUAGGAUUAAAAACUUAUUUCACUCAGUCUUAACACAAAUUAACUUAUCAGCCUUUAUGGCUUUUGUUGAUAUUCUGUCUGUGUUAAAAUAAAAUAUUCACUUUACAAAGUAA